CCGGAAAGUUUGUUCUCUCCGAAACCAAUUACAGUCGAUGCAGGCCAGUAGUGUAAAGUCUCGAAAUUACUUCUAGCUACCAAGCUAUCCCAGCUCAAAACUUGAGGGCUCAUGGGUGCUGGUCUGUGCUGGUGGAUGGUAAUGCUAUACUUUAUGGCUACUUGACGCAAGGAGAACUCGAUUUCGCUAUCCAUGAGGAGGGCCUGCUGAAAGAUGACGAAGCAGUCGAUUUACAGAAAGGAAUCAUGUCUAAGUUGGUAGACCGGACACCCUUGAAGAUCUCUGCUAAAGCUCCGAUGAAGUACGCUGUGGAGAUGUUUGGAAAACUGGGACUGUGGCACUGGGAAGGUUGUGGGAGUCAUUAUCCAGAGCAAUUGGUGCUGUAUCUGGAGGGACUACAUCAUUGAUGCGGCG